AACAGAUUCAGGCGGCACUUCCGUUUGUGUCUGUUCUUUUGGAUCAUAUCGCGUCGUCACGUGCUAUCACCAUUCCAGCAGCAAGAUUUGAUUUUACCGCCCAAAGUAACAUGGAUUGCCGUUUCAAGUUUCGAUUUAGCAAGCCUCAUAUAGUCGAACUUGUUCACCUCCUCGAGAUACCCGACCCGUUCACCACCAAAACCAGAUACACAGCUUCAGCAAUCGAGGCAGUGUGUAUCAUGCUCAACCGCCUUGCAUGGCCCCAUCGACUUGGAACAAUGGUUCAGACGUUUGGACGCAGCCGUGAGGCGUUAUCGAGCAUCGCAAACAGCGUUGUUCAGCAUGUUUACGACAAAUUUGGCCACCUGCUGCAAUGGGACUAUGACCGCCUCAACGCCGACUGGAUGAAGUCCUGCGGGGACGCAAUCCAUGCACAAGGGGCGCCCUUGACGACAUGCAUUGGCUUCAUUGACGGGACGGUACGCGGAAUUUGCCGGCCGGGGAAAAAGGUUCAAAAAUCCGUGUACAAUGGUCACAAGCGGAAGCAUGCAUUGAAGUACCAAGCUGUGACCUCACCGGAUGGAAUAAUUGUCCACCUCCAUGGCCCAGAGCCAGGCUCUCGCCACGAUGCGUAUCUGCUGGCCAGAAGCGGAUUAGUUGAGAAACUGCAAAGUAAGCUUGUUGUUUCAGGUACUCGCUAUGUGAUUUACGGAGACCCUGCGUAUGGGGUCAAUGAUGUGAUUGUAUCUGGAUUCAAAGGUGCAAAGUUGAAUGAGCACGAGGCAGAGUUCAACCGUCGCAUGAGUGCUGUGCGAGUAAGUGUGGAAUGGGGCUUUGGUAUUGUCCGGAACUUGUGGACGUUUGUCGACUACAAGGGUGGUCAAAAGCUAUGGCUGCAGUCACUUGGAAUGCACUACAGUGUGGCGGUCAUUUUGACAAAUGUUCAUACUUGCUUGAGGCAAGGCAAUCAAGUAUCUCAAUACUUUGGGCUCAAACCACCUUCUGCUGCACAGUAUUUGCACUCGAAGCAACAAUAA